UACGUAUCAAGCUAAAUUGGAUGCUACGCGUUACGAUUUUGAAAACUCAAUUUCGUAUUCACAUUCGCGCGCCAGACCGGGGCGGACGCGGCGGCCAUUUUGAUAUUCCAACUUUUAAAACAACAAAAAAGUUGAAUGCGUUUUGUUUUUGGUGCUUUAAACAGUUUUGUGGACUUGAUAAUUUUGGAUCGUUUCAUUCUUUGCGUGAAAUAUCUGGGCCAGAGUGACGCAAGAGGAUUAUGGGGCAUCAAGCACACGAGGAAACCUGUUGACCUGAUGGUGGCCGCUGCUAAAGCCCUACCACCUGAUCAAAUACUGCCGAUAGUGAAACUCACCAUAUCAGUGGAUGGAGUGCAUCUAGAGACUGUAGAUCAAGGCACACGCCGUAGUGAAUUCGAUCGGAUGUCAGUGUUCUUCAAUAUCGAGUCAAUAUCGUACGGGGUCCAGGAUCUGGUGUACACUAGGGUGUUUUCGAUGAUCAUUGUUAAGGACAACGCGGAUGUUAAAGGAUUGAACCCUUUUGAAUGCCAUGCGUUCGUCUGUGAGUCCAGAAAUGCUGCAAGAAAGUUAACGUACUCCUUAGCUGCUGCCUUCCAAGAUUAUUCAAGAAGAGUAAAAGAACUGCAAGCCUCACAAGAUCCUGAUGUGAGGCCUCCCAGCUUGAAGAAACGUUUUGCUAUUGAUCUUCGCACUCCAGAAGAAAUAGAAGCCGAUUUGGAAACAGAGGCCUGACGAAGAGUCUAUUAGAAUUUAAUUUUUCUUCUAAUAGUACAUAUAAAUUUAGAAUCCUAAUUUUUUAACUUCAUAAAGUUACCAUCAACAAUGUUGGUGAAAAUUUUGAAUUUUGUCAUAGUAAAAC